AUGCGCGGCGCAAUCACACAAUCCCCACGUCGCUUACCACCAGAGAUCCUGGAUAAUAUAUACUCUUUUCGGGUGGUAGUUGAUUUGCCGCGGAAACAGAACCUGGGAUGGAUCAAAGUCUCACAUGUGUGCAGUUACUGGAGAGAUGUCGCUCUCGAGAACACAAACUUGUGGACAAAGAUCAACCUUGAUCUCGGCAGAGAAUGGGUCUCGGAAAUGUCUAUGAGUGCAAAGCAGGCAUCUCUUGUUUUCAAGAGUUCCUGCAUGGAAAGCUCUGUCCAAUUAAUCACGCCCCAUUUGCCUCGCGCGAGGGUGAUCAUUCUAUCUGGCAUUGUGGACCCCUUUCAUAAUUUACAGCCCAUUGAUGCUCCUGCUCAGAUAGUGGAGCAUGUUGAGCUCUCAGUACGGGCUGAAGACAAUUGUAUCACAGAGCUUCCGGAAAACCUGUUCGCUAAUCAUGCCCCCCUCUUGCGUACAGCUUAUUUUUCUGGGUUAGCGAUCCCUUGGUCCUCCACAGUCUUUCAUAAUUUGACCAGCCUCAAGGUGUAUGGAAAUUCUGCCGAGAACUCUUCGAUGCCACCAUAUGAUACUUUUUUCGACGCAUUGUCUGAAAUGUGUUAUCUGGAGACACUUUUGAUCUACGACGCCCUCCCUCCCCUUUCUGCUUCGACAUCUGACCCUCUUUGGGACUUGGCGAUGUUUCGCAGUGUAGUUGGACGUGCUCAGAGUCUGAAGCGCAUCUCCCUCUCUAAGUCCAUUCUACGACCAUUUUGCAUUGCUAUGAAGAAGGACAUGGAUACCACAGCUCCAGAGCAGACUCCAGCCGAGUCGUACAGCGAGCAUAUUCCUUUCCCCAGCCUUAAGGUCAUACAUUUACACCCCUUGCGAGUCUCAAACGUGUCCAAACUAGAUCGCACUGUAGGUUUCUUGACCCGUGUGCUCAGAAAGCGCACUACAUUGCGGGCUCCUAUUCGACAGAUCGACAUUAUCCAACCGGAUCUGCCGGAAAAGUGGAUGGAAGAGCUGAGAGCUGUUGUGCCCAACGUUACUUGGCGUGGAGGACGAGCCGCAGACCGCUUCAAAUUCAAGUCGGAAUUGUUCGACGCGAUCUCCCAGAGAGGCACUAAAUGCCAAUCAGUUGGUGCAGAGAACCGAGACGUGACCUAA